AUGUUGAGCCUUCGCAUACGCGUAGAAAGCGAAGAAUGCAGGGAGAGCAUAUCGGUCGCACGGCCCGACGGCAAGGCAAAAAUACCCGUAAAUCAUUUACUGCAUUCAAUCAAAUCGACGUAUAUUUCAAUCAAAAGCUCGUAUCGCUAUCAAACAACGUUUAUGCGUACCACGCGUACAUCGAGGCGUUAUGCUUUAUCCGCAAAAAUCUCCCAUCUGACUUCUUGCUUAUGGGAUGCGGAUAUCUCUGGUUACAUGGACGACACAUUAGACUCGUCAAAUCUAAAUACAGCGCUCGAGAAACGCGCGCAAUUCAUUCAAGGAAAUCGCGCUCUAGAUCACAUUGGUCACCUUCACUGCGACGUUUUCAAUAAAGAUAAAUUUUUAAUUAACGGAGUGGAAGUUAGAAUGAGAUUCGUACGUUCGAAAGAUUCAUUUCGUCUUAUGGAGAAUAAAACGAUAUCGAAAAUACGCAUUCUUGACACUAAUGUAUUUGUAAGAAGAACACAAAUAAGCCCGAGUGUGUUACUUGCAUACGCUAGAAUGUUGAGUAAUACCGUCAAGUAUUCUCUUACGAGAGUCGAAGUUAAAACAUUCAUGAUACAUGCAGGCGUCGUGGGGGAAUCGAUAAACAAUGCAAUAUUCGGACUGCUGCCAAAACGAAUAAUAAUCGACAACAAGGCGUUUAAUGGUGAUAGAAAAUUGAAUCCGUUUAAUUUCAAAAAUUUCAAUUACGGUAUAAAUUUCUUCUCGCUGUAUGUCGAUGGCAUGCAAAUUCCCAAUAGAUACAAUCAAAUUUUUAGAAAGACGAGCCGCUCUACUGAAGCUUAUUACACAUUAUUCUCGGUAACUGGUAUUCACUUUCUGAACGAGGGUAAUUCUAUAAGUAGAGAUGAUUACGCCAAUGGCUACACUUUUUUCGCUUUCGAUCUUAUUCCAGAUCUAUCCGCUAAUUGCGCAGGACAUUGGAAUCUCGUAAAACAUGGAAACUUAUGA